UCGCUGCAUCCUGGACGCAGUGAAAGAGUGAAAUGAAGUCAGAAGUCAGUAUCCAACUGACUACUGAGGAAUCGUUUGUUUCAUUUGUUACGUUACAUUUGGUUUGUUUUUAGCAUAUCGUCAUAUUAGAGGUAAAACUCACUCACUAAACUUUUUAGAAAAUGGAGAAAAAUCGACUUAAAGGCAAAAAUUGCUUUUUAAAUUCACCUGACUUGAAUAUUGGAUUUUUUUUAAUGCAACUGCAAAGAAUAAAUAAAACAGAUAUUUUAAGCCAUGUUUCGUUACAUAGUGGGUCUGCUGGAUUCCAAAUUGCCCUUCUUUUAUACACAGCACUUAUUACGCUUUCAUCCAUAGCGAGGCUACCCGGAUGGAUUAUCAAACACGACUGAUAUGGGUGGAUAGACGCCUGGCGGACCACCGGGUGGGUAGAUGGUAGUGGAAGGCCACUGCGGCUACCGUCGCUGUAUUAUUCGUGGUAUAAGUAGCUGGAUGGUCGCCAGGCGGGUAUCUACCAUCCACCAUCCUAGCAAACUUCCUGCACUGCGGCAUCGGCCUUAGGAGACCGGGUCUCCUUAAACGCCUGCUGCGCUGCACGGAGCAUUAGCAACGGAGAAAGCUGGGCUUCUCGGCUCCGUUCGUGCAUCUCGGGAUAACCCAGGGUCCUGCCUACAAUAAUAUGUAAUAAAACUGAGACGCGAUCAUGCGUUCUAAUGCUAAUGCUCCGUACGUAUGGAUAAUUAGUGAUAAUAUGGAAUUUACACGUUGUAUAAUAGCGAGAGUAAUUGUUGUUUUCGCGAUUCAUGAUAAACAAAACAGUAUAGAGUGUGUAAAAAAUUUAUGGGGAGGCUGAGCCUCCCUUGCCUCCUCUGACGAGCCGCCACUGGUCAUUUGAAUAUUACUAAAAAUGAAAAAAUAGAAAUAGCUAGUAAAAUUGCUUCGAAAAUUCCUCUUGUUUCCAUAUUAGAUGAGAUUAGAGAUUCUGUAACUAAUAAUAAGUUGGAAAGGAUGCAUAUCUUAACAAGAAAAGAUCUUCAUAAUAUAUCACAAACUUUUAAUUUAAAUUCUGAUGGAAUUCGCCAUAAAAAUGAAGUUAUAAGUAUUGAAUCCUGGAUUGAAGAAGCCAAGAAUAGUGGAAUAAUUUUAUAUUACAAGCCACAAGGGGCUUUAUGUAAUGAUUUUCCUUGUUUAAAAAAUGAAGAUUUUCUGUUAAUUGUUAUGCAUCCUGGUCAACUGGAAGUGUUAGACAAAUACUCAGAAGAUGUAAUUUGUAUCGACGGAACACAUGGACUUAAUGCUCAUGAUUUUGAACUUACUACAUUGUUAAUAUUGGAUGAUAUGAGGGAGGGAUUUCCUUGUUGUUUUAUGAUUGGAAAUCGGUCUGAUGAGGAAAUAAUGACUAUUUUUUUCAUGAAGAUAAAAGAAAAUUUAGGAAGAGUAAUCAAACCCAUGGUUUUCAUGUCAGACAUGGCCCAAUAUUACUAUAAUGCAUGGCUCCAAAUUAUGACUCCAGCUAAAUUCAGGCUAUUCUGUUCCUGGCACGUAGAUAAAGCGUGGCGGAAAAAUCUAAAUAAAAUUGAUGGUCAAGAGCAAAAGGUUAUCGUAUACAAACAGCUACGUACCUUAUUACAAGAGACCGAUGUUACUUCAUUUAGGGAUAUGAUACAAAAUUUUCAAAUUUCUCUUCUAUCUUCUGGUAAUACCCAAGAAUUUGGUCAAUAUUUUCAAAAAUGUUAUCUGCACAAUAUGGAAUCCUGGGCGUACUGUUAUCGCUUGCAUGCAGGAAUAAAUACAAAUAUGAGCAUAGAACGAAUGCAUCAAACGAUUAAAUAUUUGUAUUUAAAUGGAAGACAAGUACGAAGGCUGGAUAAAACUAUCAAUAUCUUGAUUAAAUUAAUUAAAGACAAAUUGUUUGAACGGCUUAUUACGUUGAAUAAAGGUAAAAUAUCCAGCAAAUUACGAGAGUUACGAAAAAGGCACAAAACAAGUCUUAAUUUAGAUAUGAACACCAUUGUCAUGUCUGAAAUGGGCUGGGAGGUACCAUCAAGUUCAACCAAUGAUAUCUAUUUAGUUCAGAAAAACAAACCCAGUUGUGACUGCCGAUUAGUCUGUGAUUUGUGCCAAUCCUGUCUACAUUCAUAUUCCUGUACAUGCUUGGAUAACAGUAUAAUAUGGAAUAUGUGCAAACACAUACAUCUUGUGUGUCAAUUUAUGAAAGGCCAUCAAAUUCAAGAUACUAAUGCAGAUGAAGAACAUAUAAUAAAUACAGAUGAGGUAAAAAUUAAACAAGCUACAAAGCAAGCUAAAUUUGUGGAAUUUGUGAGUAAGUCUUGUAAUACAAUGGUAAUAUCAAUCAAGAAAAAACGUCCAAACAACUGGAAGUUGAAAAACAGAAAUUGAUAGAAAUACAAACCCAAAUAAUUCAAAAUAUAACAACUUUUGAACAACUUGAGGCAUUUAAAAGUAUUACAGCACCCUUGGUGCCUACAUUAAGGACAUUAGCAGAACAUUCUGGAAAUGAACUUAAUAUUGUGGCACUAUCUCAUGGAACACAAAACAUUCCACACAAUAAAAAAGUAGUUGCUCAAAAACGUUUAUUUUCCACCAAAAAAAAACUACAAAGUCAAAAAAAAAGCUGUUAUAAAAACCUGAUGCUGAAGAAACAAAUUUGAUAGCAAAUCAAUUAAUGCUACAAGUAAAUAAUGUGCUCUUUAAUUAGAAUAAAAUCUUUAUUUGUAUACAUUAUUAAUUUGUUUGAUUUUCUCACCUAUUCUAAUUCAUUUUUUUUUAAUUCAUAUUGAAAAUAUUGUAGGCAUUAAUACUUUAAAAACAUUUACUAACGUACCUACUCUGAAAGCAAUUUAUGAUAUUAUGUCUCUUGUAACAUUAAAGGCGGCUGCACAAUUGCCCGGGAACGGGAACGAGAACGGAAACGGGAACGGGAAAAAAGUUAACCUCUAUGUAAAUUAAUGUUGUAGAUGCACAAUAACCGAGAACGAGAAGCUGUCCGGUAACGGGAACGGGAAAGUUGACCAUGUUUCAACUUUCUCGUUCCCGUUGUAUUCCCGGAACCAAUCAGAAGGCAGUAUUAAAAAUACUGACAAAUGCCCAAUAAAAAUUUGUUAUUAGAAGUGUGUGAUCAAGUUCUAUUGACAAUUUUUAUACAUUUUGCAUUAAAAUAAAUGACGAACGACGAUUAAUUUCUUUAUUGGAAAAAUCUCCUCAUCCGUAUGAUUGAUGUAGAUCGUAGUACG